UUAUAUUUCUUUAUUUUUUGAUGUUUUUUUUUUGAUUGAAAAUGUUAAUUUCUGCAUCUGGAAAGCGAAAAAAGAAUCCUGAUGAAGAUUCAGCGAAGAAACAAAAGAUUGACAAAACAUCAACAGUAGAGGAUGAUGUCGCCGAUAUUGACAAGAAUGAAGCAGAUUGUUUAGCUGAACUUAGAAGUAGAGAAAUAUACAAGGAAGAUGCCCUGUAUCGAAAGUUCUUCCGAGGUUCGUUAACUGCAUUUGAAACAGAUCAAGUGAAAACCGUUUCUAAUAAAGCAGUCAUCAAUGGAGAUGAGGACCACCAAAAGAAAAAUUUCAAUAGUCAAUCACUUUUGCCGCGUCUUAAAAAAAUGUUUACUGGAAAUUUUGGGGAUCUAACUGGGUUGCAAAACCGUAUAAUGAAAGUGCUCGUAGAUUAUUCGGAUUUUCGGAGCUCAUUGAUUACUUCAAACAAUCUGCAAGAAAUACAAAGGGUCGUUAGUCUCCACAUAUUGAAUCAUGUUUUAAAAUCGCGUACAAUUGUCUUGCAGAAUAACAGGGAAUUGAAGAGAGCGAGCGAACAGCAGAUUGAAUACCAACCUGAUGACUAUAGGGAUCAAUGUAUAACCAGGCCUUCAUGCUUAAUUUUGACACCCUUCAGGAACUCUGCAUACAAUAUUAUUAAAGUUUUCUUCCGCUUAUUUGAAGAUAGUAAAAAGCAUAAAAUCACCAAGAAAAAGCGUUUUGAGAUAGAUUAUGGACCGGAUGGCCAUGAACCUAUCAGCGAGUACAGAGCGCAAGACUAUCUGGAUAUGAUGUAUGGAAAUACUGACGAGGAUUUUAAAUUUGGGCUGAGUGUAUCUCCUGUGCAGAUACGUCUCUACUCUCACUUUUAUCGCUCUGAUAUAAUCGUCGCAUCGCCCCUUGGUCUAUUUCAAAUUGUGGGAGAUAUAAAAGACAAACACGGAGACAAAGAUUUUCUUUCAAGCAUUCAAGUUUUGUACCUUGAUCAGGCAGAUGUGUUGAUGAUGCAGAAUUGGUCCCAUGUAAUUUCAAUUUUCGAAAUUAUUAACAAAAAACCUACGGAAGCGCACGAAGCUAAUUUUGCUCGUGUUCACGAAUGGUGUCUUGACGAGCAAAUGAAAUAUUUUCGGCAAAACAUAAUUACUUCGAGAUUUAAGGCACCUGAGUUUAACUCGAUUAGCUCCAAAUUCUGCCAUAACAUUUCGGGAAUUGUUGAAGAAAAAAUAAGCAACGUGGGUAAAGGUCAGCUAAAUCGCGUUGUUAGUCAAAUUGUCCAUGUGUUCAGAAGAUUUGCUGCAAGUUCUUGCUCUGAGCAGGAUAAUGAACGAUUUGGUUUUUUCUGCAAUCACAUUUUGAAGGAAUUUCGUGAGCUUCAUAAAUGCAAAAUAGUCAUUUACAUACCAGAUUAUUACGACUUUGUCAAAGUAAGAAACCAUUUGAGGCGUAAUAAGUAUGAUUUCGUUCCCAUUUCUGAAUAUGACACGUACAAAAAAGCUAGAGAUAGAAUGAAAAAAUUCCGCAAAGGCGAAGUGAAGUUCUUGCUGAUGACUGAAAGAUUCCAUUUUUAUAACCGGUUGUUCUUCAAGGGAAUUGAACGACUAUUUUUCUACCAACUGCCGAGAUAUGACCAUUUCUACUCCGAGCUGUGCAAUAUGAUCGGAAUCGGGGCAAACAGUGAUUCGGUUGAGUUGUCUUGUAGUACUAUAUUUUGCCAGUACGAUGCAUUGCGGUUGCUACCAAUUGUUAACGAAGAAAACUGUAAGAAGUUGAUAAAUUCAUCCAAUUUGACACACAUGUUUAUAACUGGUGGUAAUUAACGUAUUUCGAAGUGGUAA